GCUGCUAAGGAGACCCCACCUAGAUUUUAUACAGUACUGCUUCAAUUCAUUGAGUAUAUCUUGUGAAUACUCACUCAUGAGCGAUACAUAUACAUGUUUGUAUAUCACUCUAAUUAGCUAAUGGCUGCGAUGGAAAACUUAAGGCAAAAAUUAGCUAUGUCUGUCAAAAGCAUCCAAUGGAGCUAUGCUAUCUUCUGGUCAUUUUCUGCAACUGAACCUCCAGGGGUUUUGACUUGGUGUGAUGGGUACUACAAUGGAGAUAUUAAGACAAGGAAAACAGUUGUUCAAGCAGAGGAAAUGAUUGACGAUGACGAUGAUGAUGAUGAUGUAGGAUUUCAAAGAACCGAUCAAUUAAGACAACUUUUUGAAUCACUUUCAGCAGCUGCUGAAAUUACAAGCCACUAUGAACCACAAACAAGAAGGCCCUCAGCUGCAUUAUCUCCUGAAGAUCUUACGGACGCUGAGUGGUAUUUCUUGGUUUGCAUGACAUUUGAGUUCAAUAUUGGUCAAGGAUUGCCAGGAAGCACAAUGGAAAAGAAUACAACUAGGUGGUUGUCCAAUGCUCACUUUGCAGAUAGCAAAGUCUUCAGUCGCUCUCUUCUCGCAAAAAGCGCAUCAAUACAGACUGUCGUAUGCUUGCCAUAUUUAGAAGGAGUACUCGAGUUUGGUAUAACUGAGAAGGUAUUAGAAGAUCAGAACAUCAUUAAACAGAUUAAAGCUCUUGUCUUUGAUUCUCCGCCACAAAAAGCUCUUGAAAUCCCUCUAGAAAGUUGUUCUGGCAUGCUUCAUCAUGAUAUUAUUGACAAUGAAUUUGACAAUAUGCUUGAAUAUAAUCAAAACCUAUAUAAAAAGCCUCGUCAUUCCCCAAAAAACAGUUUCAGAGGGUUUCAAUCUCAAGAACAGAGUUGGCAGUUUGUAGAUGAUGAAGAAGGAGAGGUUAGUUGUUACCAUAAUAAUUCCAUGGGUUCAAGUGAUUGUAUAUCUCAAAACUUAGCCAGUGGUUCGGGUGAUCAUUGGAGCGAUGAUGAUAGUCGAUAUCAGUGUGUUCUUUCCAAGAUAUUCAAGAACACCCAGAGAUUGAUUUUUAGACCUCAUUUUAGAAAAUGUGAUAUAAAGGAAUCGGCUUUCAUUAGCUGGAAACAACAUGAUGGAAUGGAAUGUAAGGGAAGUUCUUCACAGAUGUUAUUGAAGAGCAUACUUUAUGAAGUCCCGAAAAUGCACGAGAAACACUUGGUCCAGACUUGUUAUGAGAACGAAAAUAUUGAUCGGAUGUGGACACUUGGGGCUGAUGAUGUGAAGAAUAUCAACCAUAGGUUUUCGGUUCUAAGCUCCCUGGUCCCUUCUAGAGGCAAGGUUGACAAGGUGUCACUACUUGAUGAUACUAUUGAUUACUUAAAAACUCUUGAGAAAAAGGUGGAAGUGUUACAAUCCUACAAGAGAUCUAAUGACAUUCGAGAAAGAACCUCUGAUAACUAUGCCAACAAAAGAAAAGCUUUGUGCGAUCUUGAACAUUUACAAGAAGAAUGUUCAUCGGAUUGUAUUACUAUUAGUACAAUAGAAAAGGAUGUUACAAUUGAGGUACGGUGUCGAUGGCGAGAGAAUAUGAUGGUACAAGUGUUCGACGCAAUGAGAAGCCUAAACUUGGAAUCUCACUCGGUUCAAUCUUCUACAGUUGAUGGGAUACUCACAUUAAGCAUUGAAACUAAGCUAAAGAAUUGUACACCAUCGACAGCAAAGAUGAUCAGGCAGGCACUUCAGAGAGUAAUUGGCAGGUAUUGAAUAGAGUUCAUGGAGUUAUUGGUAGUCUUAUUAUAGGUCGAUAUAUAUUCGUCUAGAUUGAUUAAUACGAGUAAUUGUUUGGAACAUACAGUGUAUUGAUAUUUAUAUCAUACAAACAUCUCUUCUAGUCUUC